AUGUCUUUAUUAUAAACACAUCUGUCUUUAUUAUAAACACAUGUCUCUAUUAUAAACACACCUGUCUUUAUUAUGGAUACACCUGUCUUUAUUAUAAACACAUGUCUUUAUUAUGAUUACACCUGUCUUUAUUAUAAACACACCUGUCUUUAUUAUAAACACAUCUGUCUCUAUUAUAAACAUGUCUUUAUUAUAAACACAUCUUUAUUAUGAACACACCUGUAUUUAUUAUAAACACAUGUCUUUAUUACGAACACACCUGUCUUUAUUAUAAAAUGUUGUUAAAACAUGUUUCAGUUGAUUCUAUCAGUUUGAAUCUGUAGAAAGUCUUGUCACGUGACUGAAUCAAAAAGGUGCAAAAAAGGUGAAUAUAAACUCAGUAAUGAUUAUAAAACAACCUUAAUCUUAAAUCUUAAAAAAGACUCAAUCAACAGUAGAACAUAAAAUUACCAGUAUAUCACUAUCUUACAUACACAACAACAACAAAAACAAGAACGUUAAAAAAAUAAUCUGGUGUUUAUUUUCUCGGUGAAGCGCUUUUAUUUUGAAGAUAUAAUACUUCCGGCCGUGUUACCUAUGCGCACCUUGACGCAGCUUUGAUGGUCAGUCGGCAUGACAACGCGCUCUCGGGGGCAAACGAGGAACAGCUGAGAGGCUUGAGGAUGGCAGCAGAAAAUGUCCAGUAACGGAACCAGCUCCGGAACCGUGCCCCGGAGCGGCUUGGUCCAGCUCCCCGCCAUGAUGGAGAGAGCUCGGCCGGCCACGGUGAAGGUGUCCGCGGUGAGCCUCGCGCUCAGCACGCUGUCCCUCUUACUGCUGGUCACCGCCAUCUCCACCGACCACUGGUACGAAACCGACACCCGCAAACACAAGCAGAACUGCGACGGUUCCGAAUCGAACGACCAGAAGAACCGGGAGAUGCCCAUCUACCACCUGCCCCUGCUGGACUCCGGGCCCCGGCAGCGGGACGUGGCGCUGAUGAAGCCGGUUCAUGUGGGCAGCAGGGAGGAGGAGCUGCUGGAAAACUGGAGGGCCAUUCUGGGGAUGGGGAUCCUGGAGACCGAGUGCGGCAGGCCGCUCUUCUCCACCCACUCCGGACUCUGGAGGAAGUGCUACUUCAAGAGUCUGGACCCAGACAUCGACAAGCUCAUCGACCGAGGUAUCGCAGAUCGUUGCACAGCUGUGAAGUAUCACUUCUCUCAGCCAAUCAGACUUAGGAACAUCCCUUUAAACCUUACCAGAACCAUCCAACAGGACGAGUGGCACCUGCUCCACCUGCGUCGUAUCACGGCGGGCUUCCUGGGCAUGGCGGCAGCUGUCCUGCUGUGUGGCAGCAUCGUGGUGUCUGUGGGCUUUUUCUGGGAGGAGAGUUUGACUCAGCACGUCUCAGGUCUCCUGUUCCUGAUGGCAGGAAUCUUCUGCACCAUCUCUCUGUGUACGUAUGCAGCCAGUGUGACCUACGACCUCUCCAGGACCCCGCCCUUCAUCUACGGUCUUCCAUCUGAUGUGGACCACGGUUACGGCUGGUCCAUUUGCUGCGCCUGGGCCAGUCUGGGUUUCACRGUGGCCGCUGGUUGCCUCGGUACCKCCUUCCCCUUCCUGAGUCGGGCCGGAGGUCUCAGAUCCAAAACAGCCCGCGAGUCUUCCGUCUGAAGGACCCGUCAGGCAGCAGAACCAGAACUUUGUUUGGACCCGACUGCAGUCUUCUGGGGUCGGGUUCUGGACUGGAUGUUGACACUGGAGCUCACGUGGAGGCACAGAGCUGUUUGUAAAGGCCCGGUCCCUGCUGGACGUCAGACUGGGUCUUCAGGUCUAGAUGGCCUUCCAGAGUYCUGCUGACCCGGAUCUCUUCAGGGUCAGGUUCUGGUUGUGUUGUAGAGACAUCCGGGAGUGACGUCAUCGAGCAGUGUUCAACAGUUCAUUAUCAACAUUUAGAUUUGAACCUCAGAACUCUGAGAACCUCCAGCUGUUUUAUUAAACAACAACAACAACAUUGACAACAACAACGUUGACAACAACAACAACACUGUCAACAACAA